AUGGUGAAGCUUAGCAACAACUGUAGGGAAGCAGCAAAAAGCGAGUUCCCCCCGGGUGGGAAGCGGCGGCGAUUUCCCCCCUUUUCCAGCCCGAAAACUGGGGGCCGAGACUCGGGGGUGGUAGUUAAGAAGUCCGCGCAGGUCGUGGUGAAGGAGCAUCCGUUCGAGAAGCGCCGCUCUGAGAGCGAGAAGAUCCGAAAAAAAUAUCCGGACCGGGUCCCGGUGAUAGUAGAAAAGGCGCCCAAAGCUCGGAUAGGUGACCUGGACAAAAAGAAAUACCUGGUACCGUCUGAUCUCACAGUCGGUCAAUUCUACUUCUUGAUCCGGAAGCGAAUUCAUCUCCGAGCUGAAGAUGCCUUGUUUUUCUUUGUCAACAAUGUCAUUCCGCCCACCAGUGCCACAAUGGGUCAGCUAUACCAGGAACACCACGAAGAAGACUUCUUUCUAUACAUUGCCUACAGUGACGAGAGUGUGUACGGUCUGUGAAGCCACUGCCCUGGAGUUGGGGGUGUUCCAUUCUGCAAAGAGAAAGGUGGCCCCCCUUUCUUGACCCAUCCCUUCUUCAGGCUCAAGUACCACCUCCCUUCUUCAGGACCUGCACUCCUUCAUGUCUGCGGCUUUCUCUCCAGCCCUUCCUAGCAGGCGCAGUAAUGGUGGAAAUGGCCCCUAGCUGCUCUCCUUUUCUUUCUUCCUCUUCACCUUUCUCUGCCACCUCUCCCACUCCACUUCAGACUUCUCGGCUGUCAGUCUUACAUCCAGUGAUUGUUUUCGGUUUCUGUUCCCUUUCCAACUACCCAAGGGGCCCAGAACCCCAGCAAUGCCUUUCACUGCCUUCUAUUUGGGGGGUAGAUGGAAGGGACUAAAAUUGUAUGGGGGAGAUAGGCACAUCAAUAAAGGGGAAACCACCAAGCUGA